GUGCUCAAUUACUGCCCAAAAGACAUGAAAGCAGAUUUGUGUAUCCACUUGAAUCGAAUGGUCUUCAACGAACACCCAGCCUUUCGUCUCGCCUCUGAUGGAUGUCUGCGUUCACUGGCAGUCAAUUUCAAUACCCUUCACACCGCUCCUGGUGACUUGAUUUUUCAUCAGGGUGAAAGCAUUGAUCAACUCUGCUUCGUGGUCACAGGAUCUUUGGAGGUCAUUCAAGACGACGAAAUUGUUGCGAUUCUUGGUCGUGGAGAUGUUUUUGGCGAGCCAUUCUGGAAGGAUCCCAACAGAAUGAGUCACUCCUCGGCUACAGUUCGCGCUCUCACUUAUUGCGACCUGCAUUACAUAAAAAAAGACCGACUUCUGCAUGUUCUUGACUUCUACACAGCUUUUGCUAACAGUUUUGCCCGGAACCUGGUCCUCUCGUACGACCUCAAGACACGAUUGAUAUUUCGGAAGUUGGAGGAUGUUCGGAGGGAACGUGAGCUAGCAGAGCACAGGACAAAUGAAAACUACCUCUCUGAGUUGACAGCUGAUCAUCCUGUGCGGCGGAUGAUCCACCGUUUCCGUAAAAUCGGCACUGCCAACGCGAAUGCGGCGGCAGUGGCGGCUGCAACCUCCACUGGUGGAAGUGGUGGCGGUGGCGGAAGUAACAAAAGCGUAGGUGGAGAGGGCGGUGAGGGCAGUGGAGGAAGUGAAGAACGCUCCAGCCUCGUUCCCGGUGUUGUUGUUGCUCCCCAAAGGCGGAAGUCAAUAGGAGGCCUUGAACUCAUCGACCCAGCUCCCGAACCCACAACCACUAAUUCCGCCAGCAUGUGGGCUCGUCUGAAGAUUGGUGGUAGCACAGCAAACAGUGGGGGCAAUGGUGGUGGAUGGGGUGAGAAAAGCGAGGUUUCCGGAGAAACACAGUCCGAAAACCUAACCCACGUUAAUCCACCAACGGCUUCGAAUAAACCGUCAUUGUCAAGUACAGAUCUCCAAAUGAAGCGUACCCUCCAUUCACAAACCAUUGCUGAGGUGGACGAAUCUAUUACAGGGAAGACAAUUAAAGCAGAGACGUUGUCACCUGUGAUUGAAAAAAAAAUUCAGUCUGUAUUGGACGCGAUCACCUCAAUGAGGUUGUCAGUGAUUGAAGAGAUAACAGCGGUAAAUCGAAGAAUUGAUAUGAUUGAUGAUCAUCUAUUGAAGCUUUACGAAGCAGUUGGAAAGGUGAUUGAGAACCAGAAAACACGAACCCAUCAGCCUAGCGAGUCCGAUGGGACAGAAUCUGUUUCCAGUAUCCUCCGACUCUUUCGUAAGGGCAGUCCUCCUACUAAGGAGCGUGUACUGCGGAAAACUUAUCCCAACUUUGUUGAAAUGCAACACCUCCCUUCUUCCCAUAACAGACGUUCCACUGUGGCAUUGGGGAUUUCCAAGAAGGGAAGGGGAGUCAAGUCCUCGAAAGUUGGCCCCACAAUGACGGAGACUGAACUAAACCAGACACGUAUGGACGACCCCUUGGUAUUUCAUGACAGAUGUGCCAAUGAUAGAACCUCGGGUUACCUUCGAACUCCAAAAGUCAACCAUUCCACUCGUCGAUCACCCUCAUAUGGGGGAAGUCGAUUUAAUAAUCGAUCCCCAGUACAGUCCCGAGGUUACGAAGUGCUGCUUGGUUCAGGAGAUGGUCUCUCCUCACUUAGCACGCUAGGCGGUGACGAUUUAGAGGAAGAGGUGGACUUUCAGGCACGAGCGCAGUCAACAACAGUUCCCUUACAACCCCAACCCUCUCUGUCGCAUCUGCCGCCAUCAAGGCGUUCUAACAGUGGUAAAUCCCUUCACACACAAGAAUCUUCUUCACGAAACAGUGACUCUAAACGUGAUACUGUGGUCCGCAGCUCUUCAAGCAAGGGUACUGGUACGGAGUACGGAAAGAUAUCUCUGCUUUAA